AGUUGCCUCAUUUCACUAUCAAACCAUACGUAACUAAGGAGAAGCGUCACAUGAUAAACAAUGGCGGCCAGGGGUCGAAGUACCCGUAUGUUCGGUUCCGAGAAUCAGCUCAGAACUAACUAACUUGUAGUAGCCUAAAUUCCAUAGUAUGAAAAAAAAAAAAAAAACGUUCUCUGUGGGAAGGACUAUAGAUGUUUAGGCCUAAUGGUAGGCCAAAAUCAUUCCACUGACAGAUGCCUAAACAUAGAUCUAUAGCCGUAGACUUAGGCUAUGUAAUUUGAUUAGGUUUACAAAUUUUCAUUUGAAAUAUGAAAGCCGGCCCCCCCCCCCCCCCUCCCUAAAGGGUGUUUGGUACUUUAAUUUUUUUUUAAUAAUAAUAAAAUCUACAUAUCAAUGCACAUAGGCCUUUAUGAUCGAUUCAUAAUUUAAAUAGACUUAGAUAUAGCCUAUGCCAGCAUUCGCGGCUUUCCUAUUUUAUACUGUCUAGUAUUUUAAAUAAGAUUGCUAAAUAUCAAACACUAUUACAAGUUUCAUGAAUAUUUAUGAUAAUAGAAUACAUAAAUAUUAAAUUUAUAAAUAAAACACUAUAUUGUCUACUUUGUUGAUAUGUGACUGUAUAAAAUUGCAAAUGAAUUAAACAUUAAAACCUGCUGUUUUAAGAUGGCUACAAUCGUGCAUUAUAUAGUCUGUUAAACCCUUCACUGGCGUUCACUGGAAUCCACCCUAUGUAUGUUGAUUUUGAUUGCAUCAUCUAGUAACAGUUGUCCAGUGUCUCACGGCAAGAUAGCCGGUUUAAUUUAGGCCUAGUCCAGUUUAACAACUGCAGAUGUCAUUUGAAAAUCAAACCAACGGAUCUGUGAAAUCGGCACCAAAGAAAAUUGAACUGAAAAAACAUAAUAACACUAUUUCAAUGCGUCUGUAUCAUUGUUGGAAUUAUCAUAGGCUCUGGAAUAUUUGUGUCACCCGUGGGCAUUCUGCACAAUGUCCGUUCUGUGGGCAUGUCUAGCGUCAUGUGGGCCGUGUGCGGUCUGUACUCGGCAAUGUGUGCCCUGUGUUUCGCGGAACUCGGCGCCUGUAUACCCCAGUCCGGAGGGGAGUACGUGUACAUCAAGCGAGCGUUCGGUGACGUUCCAGCGUUCCUGUGUUGCUGGGUGAAUCUCGUUAUAGUCUGUCCAGUGAGCGUGGCAGCCUCCUGUCUCGUCUUCGCCACAUAUAUUCUUAGACCAGUGUUUCCGGACUGUGAUCCGCCACAAGAAGCUAUAAGGCUUUUGGCCGCUCUUAUUAUAUUACUGCUGAUAUCACUGAACUGUAUCAACGUCACUUGGGCUACCAAAGUUCAAGUGGUUAUCACUGGUUGUAAGCUGAUUGCUCUUGGUAUAAUCAUCAUCACUGGAUUCGUCUGGAUCGCUAGAGGACAUGUUGAAAAUUUCAAAUCUUCCUUUGAAGGAAGUGACUAUAGUGCUAGUGCAGUGGCCAUUGCUUUUUAUUCUGGAUUCUGGGCGUAUGGAGGCUGGAGUUACCUGAAUUUUCUGGCAGAUGAAGUGGUAGAUCCACACAAAAAUCUUCCCAGAGCGAUUGUUAUCUCCAUGGUAAUAGUGACGGCAGUUUAUGUUGCUACAAAUGUUGCAUACUUCGCCGUUCUGACGCCAUCUGAAAUGUUGAAGUCGGCAGCAGUAGCAGUGACAUUCAGCCAGCAAACUGUGACAGCCCUUCAGUACAUCAUGCCGGUACUGAUUGCAGCGUCUGUGAUUGGAGGUAUCAAUGGGUCCUGUCUUUCAAUGUCCAGAUUAUUCUACGUCGGAGCCAAAAAUAAUCACCUUCCGUGUGUGGUUUCCAUGAUUACCAAGAAACAGCUGACACCUGCGCCAUCACUUAUUGUUAUUAUGAUCCUUGUUCUCGCGAUGCAGAAUUUUGAGAAAAUAUUCUACCUGAUAGAGAUGAUGGGUUUUAGCUUUGCCGUCAUUCUCACCACGGUUCUGGCGGGACAGGUCUAUCUGCAUUGGAAGGAACCAAAAUUGUAUCGGCCCAUCAAGUUGCAUGUUUCCAUUCCCAUUGUGAUGUUUUUGGUGAGUUGUGUCAUCUUGGCACUGACUGUGUACCAGAAGCCCAGCGAGAGUUUAAUGACUGUUGGUCUGAUGGCUCUAGGACUGCCAGUGUAUGCUGUUGGGGUGUACUGGAGUAAACCAGCUGGAGUUAACAAAGUCCUAGAUUCAUUCACUGUGUGUAUACAGAAGCUGCUAUUGGUUGUUCCACCAGAUGACAGCCAAUGAAUCUUGGUGUUUAGGUGUACCAGCAACACAAAAACAAUCCAGUCAUCUCAAUUUACAGAGUAACACAGGAACAGUCUAGUCUGUUGCAACCGCAAUAUCAACACUGCCAUUUUCUGGUUGAUUCUUGACAUUAAAACAGUAAAGGUGGACAAAAUUCAGUAAAUGAAAUUAAAGAUGUCGGACUCCAAUUUCGAGACACAAUUAAAUGUUUGGUUAAACUGCAAAAGUGGGCUGCUCGACAAAAAGAGUAUGAACGUGUUAGACAGGAUACCAAUAUAUAGUGCAUCAGACUGUUGACACAAAAUAAAAUAAACAAGAUUUUAGUGGGCAUAAAACAGUUUUUAAAUAAAGGCUUGCAUGGGAACAUUUUGUCUUCAAAAUUUUGAUCAGUGACUAUGGUAACCAGUCAGAAAAUUGACUAGCAACUAUAAUUUAUAGAGACUACCCCGAGUCUGCUGCCAUUGUAAGAUGUUUCUAAGUAAUAAAAGUAAUGUCUAAAAUGA